GGGGAAUCAAAUUUGAAAUGGCUAACAGGAAGUCAAACAGAGAGAAAGAAUACUGCACUUCCAAUCUGAAAAAUGGUAAUGGCUGCUACCUCCAACCCUUCAAGAGAAAGCGCCCCGAUCCCGUGACGCCCGGCUUCGUCAAUCCAAAAUCCAAACUGAGAAGGGUUUGCAGCAACAGCACUACAGCAAACCUCAAGGCCAAGAAACGGGUCAUUCGCAUGCUGCUGGUGAUCGUGGGGCUGUUUUUCCUCUGCUGGACGCCGAUCUUCGUUGUUAAUGCCUGGAGAGCCUUUAACAGACGUUCAGCCGAUCGUGUCCUCUCAGGAGCGCCGAUAUCCUUCAUCCACUUGCU